AUGAAGCUGCUCCUCUCACUCACGGCCAUCUCCUCCCUAAGCAGCAUCACCUCUGCCCAAAUCCUCAGCCCUCCCGUCUUCAACCCCCUUGACCCCAGGUUCAACGAGUGGCAAGCUCCCGGACCAAACGACUCCCGCGGCCCCUGCCCCGGCCUCAACUCCCUCGCAAACCACGGCUUCCUCCCCCACAGCGGCCGCAACAUCACCGCCAUCGACAUCCUCCGCGGCACCUACGCGGGCUACCACGUCGCCCCAGACCUUUCCCUCGCCGCGGGCGUGGCCGAGCUCAUCAAGGCGUACCGCCUCGCCGCGUUCGACCUGCACGAGCUCUCCAACCACGGCUUCAUCUCCCACGACUGCAGUCUUUCUCGCGGCGACGCUUCGACGCCGAAUAACAAUGACUUCAACGCAACGAUAUGGUCCGUCCCCCUGAGCGUGCUAGAAAACUACACAAUUGUUACGCCCCAGGCUAUGGGCGCAGCACGUUCGGCACGAGAUCUGUAUGACAUUGCGCAUAACCCCGACCAGCAAUGCGGCGCGCGAUCCAUCGUGCUCGGCGCCCUGGAGAACGGCCUGCUGCUGCAGUCUCUUGCCGGGAAUCCCAAGCUGGAGUGGGUGCGGAGCCUCUUUGAGGAGCAGAGGAUCCCGACGCACUUGGGGUACGAGCCGGGUUCCGUCUUGGGGAAUGAUGCUGCCACGGUCCUUGCCGUUGGGUUGGAGUCGCUUGUGUCGCAGCCUGAUUUGGUGGCCUUGUUGGGGAAUACCGUUAUCAAGACUCCUGAUGUAAGUUUGAAUGUUUUUGUCUUGUGGGUUGUGGAGGGGUUGCUGACGCGGGCUACAGGAUCUUAUUGCUGA